CCAUGGCUAUCCGGCGCCUUGAUGUGUGUUGGAGCGAAUCUCGCCCUUGAGCUCGCGCAGAGACCCUUGCGAUACCAGCGAUACCAGCGACAGCGAUGCGGAAGCUCACCGAGAACCUGCACAGCAUCCGCAUCCUCACAUGCGUGCAGCUCUUGCUGCUGCUGGCGGACCUGAUCCUGACGCUGUUCGCCGAAUACUUGCGGCAUUCGUUUUACUACGUGACCGGGCUGUAUCUCUUCCAGUUCCUGACCAUGAGCCUCAAUCUUAUUCUGCUGCUUGUUCGAUUCACAUACUCAUACGCCUUUCGCGCCGGCGUCGUCCGGAUCAUGAUCAACGAGUUCUCGGGCUGCAUCUGGAUAUCGGGUGUCUACAUGACCGCGUUUGUUGUUUGUCGCAUCUACGGACUGGUGCUGCUGCCCCGAUACACCAACCUCAGUCCGGCGCUGGUCCAGGACUUUUGGGACCCAGGAUAUCUGGCAGUCUAUGUCAUUUUCAGACUUGUCUCGAUUGCGUACUACUAUGCAUUCAAAUCGGCCAUCUUGAAGAUUUGCCAUCCAAAGUAUUACAGCGAGGCCAUUUUGAAACGGGACACCAUGUUUUGAGCCAGGGCGAUUGCCCCUUUCUGCUUCGAUGAGGCAUUCAUUCCCAAAGGCAGCCCUCCCCCUCCCACCGUGCCGGUCUCGAUGGACACGCUGUUUGGUCAUUGUGGAUGGGGUUGUGUAUUCAAGAUCCAGAAGAAAGUGGCACACACAGGGACUCAAAUCGGGCGGCCCCCCUUUCGUUUGGGUGUGCUGCUAAUCAACUGCAUACCACCACCAGCCGCAACGAUGACA